GACCAUCCACUUCAGUUUGAGGACCUUUGCUUGAUGUUUUCUCAUGGGCUCACAGUUGUGACAAUAUUUCCUGAUUUGCUUCUCUGCUUUAUAAACCAAUUCCCUUUUUGUCUUGUGGCUUUCUUCAAAAUCUUUCAUCCUCACUUCACUUGAUCUUCUCUUUCUCCAUAGCUCAACAUCAUGGGGAACUUUGCUGCAAAUGAAGGACUAUCCAUUUUUGUUAUUCUGGUAUGGCUUGGCAUCAAUGUGUUUCUCUUUGUGCACUUUUACUUGGCAUUUCUGGUUGAAAGAUACUAUUAUACUAGAGUCAUCCUUGGGCAUGCUCUCUCAUGGGCUAGAGCUCCAGCUGCAUGUCUGAAUUUUAACUGCAUGUUGAUCCUGCUGCCCGUCUGCAGAAACCUGCUCUCAUUCCUGCGCGGAUCCAUACAGUACUGUAGCCGCACUGCAGCCCGUCAGCUGGACAGAAAUCUUACUUUCCACAAACUAGUGGCCUACAUGAUUGCCCUCCACACAGGUACAAUAUUAGCUUAAUUGUUCAAUUUUUAGAGUUUGAUGGAUUCAUGGCUUAUGAUCAACAGCAGUUACCUCCCUUACGUGCUUUCUCAGAUUGGCAACAAUGACAACAGAUCCUACCUGAAUCCUAUCAGAACCAAUGAGACGAACCCAACCAUAGUGAUGUUUACCACUAUAGCAGGACUGACAGGGGUGGUCAUCACCCUCGCCCUCAUCCUCAUCAUCACUUCCUCCAUGGAGGUCAUCCGAAGGUCAUAUUUCGAGGUGUUCUGGUUCACCCAUCACCUGUUCAUCGUCUUUUUCAUUGGUUUGGUGCUUCAUGGAGUCGGGCGUAUUGUGCGAGGCCAGACUAUAGAAAGUGUAAAAGUGCACAAACCAGAUGAAUGUCACAGCCGGUUUGAGGACUGGGGUAAAAAUGGCACAGACUGCCCAGAACCUGUCUUUGCUGGGAAUCCUCCAAUGACAUGGAAGUGGGUGGUUGGCCCCAUGAUUCUAUAUGUGUGUGAGAGACUGGUGCGCUUCUAUCGCUCACAGCAGAAAGUGGUUAUCACCAAGGUUGUGAUGCACCCAUCCAAGACCCUUGAGCUGCAGAUGAAGAAGAAGGGCUUUAAGAUGGAGGUCGGUCAGUAUGUUUUCAUCAAGUGCCCGUCCAUCUCUCAGCUAGAGUGGCAUCCCUUUACCUUGACCUCUGCCCCGGAGGAAGACCACUUAAGCGUGCAUAUCCGAAUUGUUGGAGAUUGGACACAAGCCCUUUAUACGGCCUGUGGAGGUGACAAAACCGUGGUGCAAGAUGCUUGGACACUACCAAAGGUGGCUGUGGAUGGGCCGUUUGGGACGGCCAGUGAGGAUGUCUUUCGUUAUGAAGUUGUGAUGCUGGUCGGUGCUGGUAUUGGUGUGACACCUUUCGCUUCUGUUCUGAAGUCUGUGUGGUACAAACACGUCCAGGAGAACAAAAAUGUCUUCACCAAAAAGAUCUAUUUCUAUUGGCUUUGUCCGGAGACGCAGGCUUUCGAAUGGUUUGCAGACCUGCUGCAGAGUUUGGAAAGACAGAUGAUGGAGAAAGACAUGAGCGAUUUCCUCAGUUACAACAUUUAUCUAACGCGCUGGAAGGAUGCUGAGGCGGCCCAUUUUAGAGUUCAGUAUGAGGCGGAAGAUGAUCCCAUUACUGGGCUUAAGCAGAAGACCCGGUACGGUAAACCCAACUGGGACAAUGAGUUCAGUGCCAUCGCUACCCAACACCCAGGUUCAAAAGUAGGCGUUUUUCUAUGUGGUCCUACGGCUUUGGCCACAGCUCUGGGGAAGCAGUGCAUUUCACACACUGAAUCUGGAACUGAGUUUAUAUUCAACAAAGAAAACUUCUGAUGUGCUUCAAAGUGUGUCAACUCAUAUGUAUCAGAACUUGCUUUCUAAUAAAAAAUACUGAAAAAUCCUUAAA